CUUAAAUUAAUCCUGGAUCCGCCUCUGACGGCCAUUUGACUUGAGCAAUUUUAAAACUCUUCAAAAUACAUGAACUUUGAAAUCGAAUUACAACAAAGUAUUUUAUCAUUUACUGCUUGGUAAUGUUUGGCAAUCUUUCAGUAAAAUACGAUUUUAUGAAAGCCAGCAAUAUAUUUCUCUUUCGGUAUGAUUUCUUGAUAAUCAAAAUGAAAGUAGAUUAAUGGAAAAUGCGACCUCAGCUUGUACCGACUAUGUGGGAAAAGGACAAAUCACCACUCCAAAAGCCAGACGUGUCUGAAAGUGAUUGUGAGAAACUGAUAGUAGACACUAACAAAAAUACUUCUGACCGACAGGAAACUCAUUUCAAUGUUUUGAAUUCCGUGUUACUUGGUCUGUUGUGUGUCGAGUUUCUAUUUAUACUCUUGCUAACACAAAAACUACGAGGACACCAACCAGAGUCAGAGAGCGGGGUUUCUACGUCAUGUAGUGGGCAUCCAAAGCACCCACACAUUGAUUCAAGCAGAAUGCUUGUUUCUUUGAUAUACAAUGAAUGGUUAUAUCAGCAACAUAGGACAAACAACUCGCCUAAGGCUGCCAUUCAACGUUAUCUAAAAGCGGGAUCUAAAACAGAUAUGGACAGCUAUCCGAGCGCUUUGACAGCAAACGAUAACUCACUUGAUGCAACGUCUAAUGACUUUAUUGUAAGCCGGGACGCGAUUGAAAUUCCGCAGAAAGGCAUGUACGAAGUCUCAACUAUUGCAACCAUCAGGGUGACUAAUGACGUCACCAAUACAACGCAUGCGCUUUACAAACACCAAGGAAAUAAGCUGUUGCCUUUGAUGACGAUGUCUUACUCAGCAUAUGCAGAGACUAUGUCUUUUCAUCAAAGCGUGUUAAGCGACACUUUUCUGUUGAAGAAGGGAGACAAAUUAAGCGUUUUUGUAUCUGGGAUUUCAAGCAUUUACCAGAAGACAACCCCGAUAUCUAUUCGUUAUGUUGGGCCUAAGAAAACAGUUCGUGAGAAGCUCUGAAUGUACGUCACGACCAAGAAACACCUUGGCUACACUUUAAUCGGAAGCAGCCAGUAAUUUCGUAGCUGCAGAUCUGUAGCUUUUUGGGAAAAUAUUGGGACAAACCAGAGAGCUACGAAUCCACCCCAUAUAAAAACCUUCGAUUUACUGCAUAGCUUUUUCUGCGCACGGUUGAGGUUUUAUAUCACUGUAUUCUUGCAUAGCCAUCUCAAAAUUUUAAUAAGAAAAAAAAAAAUGUUCCUGUAAUACUUUUCCACUACAUUUGUGUCCAAACAUACAUUUUUAAAGCUUCAUGUAAACCGAAAACUCGCAACUUCAAACGAAUCUUUCGUUUGUUGACAUAGGUAUGCUAUAUUAUUUUUGUCAUACUUCAAGCGCUAGUUUUUUGUUGUUUUUUAAAAACACUUUUUCAUAUUAUGACACUGGUGUAAUAUGGUAUAUAAUGACAUAGAAUAAAGCGACUGAGUUGUAUCAUAUCAUAUAAGGAAAAUGGUUUUCCUUUACAAAGAGAAACAGGGGUAGGGUAUCUAAUAUGGUCUCAAGAUAGCGAGUUUAAAAUAGCAGGCAAAUUUUCCAUACUCUGUUACUUUUGGCUAUUACGUCUUUUCCCCAUAGUUUUUGUUUGUACACUCAUAAGCUUGCUCCCCUAUUCCGUUAUAAACCAUGAUAGUAGGCAAGGAAUAAUCAGUCAUGGUGUAAAAUGUAUAGUAAAAUUGAGAUGUUCAAUAUUGUCGUUGAGGGGUCAAUGCUAGUUCUAUGAUCUGCAUUUUUUAUGUGUGCAUUUUUAUACCCCCCGAACGAAGUUCUGGGGGGGGGGGGGGUUAUAUAGGAAUCACUCUGUCUGUUCGUCCGUCCGUCUGUCUGUCUGUGCAGAUUCGUGUCCGGGCCAUAACUUCUUUGUUCUUUGACUUAGGCAUACCAUAUUUAGCACACAGGUAGAUCAUCAUGAGACGAUGUGUCAAGUACCUUCAUGACCUUUAUAUGACCUUGAACCUUGACCUCAAGGUCAAAAUUAAAGGUUUUUUUUUUUUACAACGGAUUCGUGUCCGGGCCAUAACUUCUUUGUUCUUUGACAUAGGCAUACCAUAUUUGACACAUGAGUGUAUCACCAUGAUACGAUGUGUCGGGUACCUUCAUGACCUCUAUAUGACCUUGAACUUUGACCUCAAGGUCAAAAUUGAUUAUAGGGUUUUGACAUAGUCAUACCAUAAGACAUGGGUAUAUCACCAUGAGUAUAUGUGUCAUGUACAUUCAUGACCUCUUUAUGACCUUGGCCUUUGAUCUCAAGGUCAAAAUUAUGGUUUAUGCCAUGGAUUUGUGUUCGGACUAUAUCUUCCAUUUUCUUCUACAAAGGCAUACUAUAUUUUGACACUCAGGAAAGAGGUAAUUUAUACCUAUUAACAACACCCUUUGGGAGAGGAGGGUAAGCGGGGGGGGGGGGGGUAUUCUUAGUGAACAUUGCUCACAGUACAUCUUGUUCUGAUUGUGGGGUGAGAUGGAAUAAAUAUUUGUGUGUAACAUUCUAAUUCUGAUAUGUAUAAAUCAUAUGUAAAUAAUUUUGAUUGCACAAUUGUUGUACAACACUACACGUAUAUUGAAUGCAUGUAACAAUAGACGCUUAAUCAAAUAAAACAGUUCCAUAGAAACAA